AUGGAAUACAAAUCAUUAGGGAGUACUCUAAGAAGUUCACUGUUAAAAUAUUCUGUUAUGGAGAGAAUCAGCAUCUGGGAGUUCAAUGAGUGGAAUGCCAUUUGGAUGACCAUGCUAUCCUCUGCCCGAAUGAUAUCCUUUUUUGCUAUUACAACCAUUAUUUCUGUUUGCUCUCUUGGCUUUAUUAUUAUUCGAAAAAGAUCAUUCACACAAAAGGACACACUGUGCGCGUUUAUCUUUAUGGUUGUCUCUAUUUUUCUUCUGGAUAGCGUGCAGACCAUGCGCAAGAUUGAGAUUUCUCUGGACAAGUCGUAUAAAGACAUAGAGAUAAAGAUUCCCUUUUCGUCCUUUUUUCUGAAUACGCCUAUUAACAGGCAGAAGAUGUGCUCGACAGACUUCAACAGCCAGCUGGAAAGAUCAAUAGAUGACAUACAGCUUGGAGAGAAAGCAUCUGCUGCAUACAGAAAUCUAGUAAGAAACAACGUUCUUCAAAAAAGGCCGCUUGCCGUAGAACAGCUCAACCCAGCACUUAAUAACACCAGCGUGGUAAGUUUGCCUGCGUCUGCGCCAAUAAACACAGAAUACUGCAUCUACAAGAUGCCAAGCGUAGGUCGACCAGAUCCUUCCUGCGUGGGCUGCCAGUUUCUAGAAGAAAAAGAGUUUGCUGAGGCAAGGGAAGAUCUGAAAUACAUUGACAGCGUGAACAGACAGUACCAGGACAUAGAAAGAAAUCUGGUUGCAGCAAAAGGGAAAUACAAGACAUAUUCUGUUGACCUGAUGAACAACUUCAAGACAUUUAACAAAGUCUCAUACUUUGUGAGAGACGAGUUAGUGGCUGUUGGGAUAGACUUCAAAUCGAUAGAGAACGCAAUUCUUGAGCUGAUCAACAAAUAUGAAGCAAUAUUCUCGGGCUCAGUGCAGAACAUCACGAAGCUGCAGGUGGACAGCGACUCCCUCUGCGUCAGCAUUAAGAACACAGAAACAAAGCCCUUUUCUUCCAGUACAAGGACAGUAGGAAAGGGCCCCGUACGAAGAAGAACCAGCAAAGUUAUUGUUAAAGAACAAGAAACAUACCGCCCGAACUCCAUGCUUGUUAUAAAAAGUGGCCUAGCAGAGGACCCAUCACAGCAAACAAUUGAGGAUGCAAUCCAUCAGAUGGUUCAGAGCAACAUCCGAAUGCCAGCUGAUCUAGUUCCUGCUAUCAAUGCUGGCACCAGAUCGGGUGGAGAUGAUCCUUUUUUCAGUGCAAUGAGGUACACGCUAAUUGCAACUGAAGCUCUAAUAUUUAUACAGGUUGUUCUUGUGAUGGGAGUGAUCUUCUCAAUUAUAUUUGGCAUGAAUUGGCUAUACUUGGCCUUUUACUUCAGCAUGUGUGGGUCACUGAUCAUCAGCCUGAUCCUUGGGUUUAUUGCCUUUGUAAACUCCACAGCAGUUGACUCUUUGUGUAAAAGUGGGCUCAAAUGCAGCAUGCAGACCUCCGUAGCCCAGGAUGGAGCGGCCAUCCCUGUAUCCCGUCUGAUUGAUGUGCCUGAAAUGGCGCUGAGAGACUCCGUCACACGAUCAACAAACCGCCUGCAGAAACAAAUUAACACUGUUCUGACAAGCAACACAUUUGAGGAGAUCCAGACAAUAGCCGGGCAGCUGGACAGGCUGUUCCAAAUUAAGAAAGACUUCCCAAAUCUGAUUGCCUCAAACGCAAAUCGCGAGGUUGUAGAUAAAGACGCUAUAUACCAGGCUGCAGAUAAAAUGAAUGCUAGUUUGGAUAGCAUAAAGUCACUGGAUAAACAAAUAAGAAACACCGGAUGGACUGAAACCUUUAAGAAGCUCUCGCAAGUAAAUAUUUUGCUCUCAGACACAACAUACACAAAAAAUAUUAAAAAGCGGCAGGCAUUGUCUGGGCUCUCUAACGGAACGGUUAUUACGAGCGACAUGUCUUCCUGUGCAGGGAAAGAGGAGGCAGUCUGCGAAUUGAAGCGGCGUUUUGACUCGCUGUUUAUUGGGCUGUUUCUUUUUGCUGUUGUGUUGUCUAUAGCCAUAGCUGCAUAA